AUGAGGCGCUUGCCACGUGGCUAUGCCGCAGAUCCACGUCACAACCUCAGCAGAACCUCAAGUAAAAAGCCGUCAGCUGAAAUUUUACUGGCUAGCAUGGGCAGCUCGAGGACGGACACCCUGAUCGGAUCAGCGCUGCUCGGACUGCAUGCGCCUGGCUGCGUCUGA